ACUGAGCUUUCAGUUGGCGAUAAGAUUUAGACCAGUGCAAGACGUCUCCGAUUCUAAAGGAGCGCCUCGAUCUGAAUUCCAGCGAAUCUCACCUGUUUCGACUUCUAGCAGCUCGGUAGAAUGGUUAUCGUCAAAUCAAUGUGACUUAAUUAGCAACAAAUUCAGUUCAUUAGUUCAAUUUUAAUUAUAUUCCACAUAAAAAUUAAGCGUUGCUAAAAUGGGCAACGAACCGAAAGUGAACGCUCGAUCAGUAUUAUGGUACUUAGUGUUUGUAGGAUUUGCAGUAAAUUACAUGAUACGGAUUAAUAUGAACAUCACGAUCGUCACUAUGGUCAAACCGUCUAGCGGGAAGAAAGCUCUUCCUGAACGGGUUGUUAAUCUGGACGAUUACAAUACGUCGGUAACGAUGGCAGUGCAGCAUCAACCGAGAACGUAUGCGUGUUACGUCGAAAGGAAUGUAUCCGAGCUUGGAUCGGAGCUGCAGAAUAAGGGAAACCCCUCCAAAAGGGGUAGACUGCAGUAUGAACCCAAGAUUAAAUCACCAGAAAAAUUGCUGCUCGGUGCACUACAGCUCGAUUCCCAAGACGGUGGCUUCGAAUGGGACGAAUACGAUCAGGGCUUGGUGCUGGGUGCAUUCUUCUGGCUGCACUGGAUAACACAGGUCCCGGGAGGAGUACUCGCUCGCAAGUAUGGUACAAAGCUGGUCUUUGGCUUGGCUAACGCCAUCGGAUGUUGGUUGUGCUUCCUAAUGCCACUGGCCGCGUACUGGGAUCUACGAAUACUGAUAUGGCUUCGAGCUAUUCAAGGGCUGAUUUGUGGCGUUGCAUGGCCUGCAAUGCAUCACAUGGCCGGUCAGUGGAUUCCUCCAAAUGAACGAAGCAAAUUCGUCACUGCAUAUCUGGGCAGUUCCGUUGGCAUUGCAAUCAACUUCCCAUUGUUUGGUUACAUUAUCUCCUGGUCUUCGUGGGAGUAUGUUUUUCACUUUUGCGGGAUAUUCGGUACUAUUUGGUACGUAGCUUGGCUUUAUCUCGUGUACGAUUCUCCAGCGGAACAUCCUUGGAUACAUCCGAAAGAACGAGAGUAUAUCGAGAGUUCGCUAGGAAUAACAGAAAAAUCCAAAAAUCAAGAACACCAGCAACCCACUCCAUGGCUGAAGAUGAUCUUUUCUAAGCCGAUGUGGAUGACUGUAAUCGCCCAGUGGGCGGGAAUCUGGGGUUUAUUUACUCUGAUGACACAGGCUCCGAGCUAUUUCAACUACGUUCAUGGAUGGGGUAUCAAAAUGACGGGAAUCCUGUCGGGCAUCCCGCACCUUUGCCGAAUGAUCUUCGCGUACUUUUUCUCGUGGAUUGGAGACUACCUACUUCAACACAAUCUGAUGUCGAGGACAAAUGUUCGCAAAAUGGGCGGAGCGUUCUGUUGCUUGGUGAAGGGUAUUUUCGUUUUGGCACUUGCCUACAGCGGAUGUAAUGCCACCUUGGCGAUAUUGUUUCUAACCUUGGCUACAAUGGUACACGGUGCAGUUUCUACUGGCCCGCUGGCCAACAUCAUCGACAUGAGUCCGAAGUAUGCUGGGAUACUGCUCGGAAUUAGUGGGAUGAUUUCCGUGGUGCCCGGAUUCGUUUCGCCGAUUAUCGUUGGACUACUAACACUGGGAAACCAAACAGUCCAGCAGUGGCAGUAUGUGUUCCUAAUAUGUGCCGGUAUGCUAAUAGUCUGUGGCAUCCUGUAUAUACUGUUUGCGGAUUCAACACUUCAGUCGUGGAAUUCGUUGGACCAAACAGACGCAAUUGACAUUCGGGAAAUGGAAAGCUUAAAGCUAAACAUUGAAGACGCUACUCCCAGUAAGAAGUUAGAGGCUACUGUGGAAACGCAGGAACCGCUCACGGCGGAAGUAAAUGUAAUAGAAGACGAAUCAGUGAAUGCAGUAUUAGUUCGUUGAGGCUGUGAAAUAAAGAUGAUGUUGAUACAA